CACACAGAUCCCAAAAUAUAAUUAAUUUGUUCUGACCCCCUACGAGUUACUACGCCAAAGUCCAAACGCUGCGAACGAAGUACAAACUCUCUCUCACGUCGGGUGUACUAUGUAUUUAUUGAUUUAUGAAAAUGAAUGGCUCGGGAGACUACGGUUGUUUGGGGUAUAAAAGCAGACAAAACACGGCGAUGGCACCACAGUCAACCGAACGCACAAGUAUCUAUUCGUACGGCAUUGUCAGCAAUUGUAUUGACUCUCGAUAGUAAAACUACUAUUUACCUAUAUAAAAAUAUAUUGCUUUAACUGCAGCAACGCACGUCACAAUGACUGCCGACAAGCCCGAGAACAUUGGCGCCACAGCCGACACUCAAACUGAAGAGAAAGAGCUUCGCACGUCCAAGCUCUCCGCUGAACAACAAGCGGCUGUGCGUAUCCAAAGCACCAAACGCAGUGACAAAAUCCGACAGAUCUCGCCUGACAGCUUCAACCCUGCUGCCCAUUUCUACCCCCGUGUGCUCAACGCUACGGUACAUCCCAUGGUGGCUUCCUUUAUGAACCUUUCCAACAAGCAGAUUGUGAAGCGAUACACGCACCUCAAUCCCAAGACAGACAAACAGGCCCUAACCGAAGCGCUUGCGUACAUCCCCAAGUAUCUGAGAUGGGCAGGCGCUGAUUUAUUUCACGUUACUAACGAGAAUGGCAAGCGCGAGAUGUUGGUAGUAGAGACCAACAGUUGCCCCUCGGGACAGAAGUCUAUGCCUCUGGUCAAUGAGAACGAAGAAUAUGGUGGCUACAAGGUGAUGAUGGAGCAUGCGUUUGUGCCCAUGCUAGAGAAAAAGCGCAUUGAAGACCCCGAUUCAUACGUAGAGGGAGGAUGCUUGGCUGUAAUCUACGAUAAGAAUCUGAUGGAGGCCUCAGGCUACGCGUCAGCCAUGGCUACAGUUUUUGAUGAAAAGGUUUACCUGGUAGAAAUCCGAGACCAGUUUGGACUAGAAGCCGAUAUUAGCGACGAGAAGUUGAAUGAAAUCCGCUCAUGCAAGUGGGUCGAUGGAGUGUGUUACGUGCGUGCGGGGCGUGUAGUGGUGCCUAAAGGUAAAGCGUCCGCCGAUGCCGAACCAGCCGCCACUGUGGCUAAGGUAGAUGAAGAGAAGCCUGAGUGGGUCGCAUGCAGAGCUGUGUUCAGAUAUGUAACGUCGCGACCAUGGAACCGUAUCCCUAUCAAGGCUCGCACAGUCAUCUUGAAUCCGGUGAUUGUCUGUCUUGCUGGAGGCAGAAACAAGACCGUCGCAGCUAAGGCUUAUGACCUGUACAAUGCCGAACUCAGGCCGAACGGUUUCAACAUCACCGUCCCCGAAACAAUCCGUGAUGUGGCAUUCGAGGACGUCCCCACAUGGGUGCAGUCGUUCGGUGGUCGGGCAGUGGUGAAGAACCCGUACUCAAACGCAGGGCAAGGUGUCUACACUAUCACCAACCAGGGCGAGCUCAACGACUUCAUGGCCAUGGACCACCCUUACGGCCAGUUCAUUGUGCAGCAGUUGGUAGGUAACACUGAGUGGUCGUCGAUCUGUCCCGGACGUUCGUUCUACCACGUGGGCACCAUGCCAAAGAAGGACUGCAAGACCUUUGUGUUUGAUCUGCGAGUCAUGGUGUGUGGCACAGAGAAGGGCUUCCGACCGGUGGCCAUGUACGCACGAACAGCCGCCAAUGAGCUGGCUGAUAAGCUGGAUGAGGAUACCAACUCAUGGGGUAUUCUGGGUACCAACUUGUCCGUACGCUCUACAGACGGCACCUGGGACUCUGAGACCGAGCGCCUGUUGCUACUAGAUCGCAAGGAUUUCAACCGCCUGGGUAUUGGGUCUGAUGAUCUCAUUGAGGCGUACAUCCAGACGGUGUUGGCAACCACAGCGAUCGAUAAGAUGUGUGCGCGUAUGAUGGAGGAGGAUGGAGCACUGAACCUGUCUAUGUUCAGGACGGUCAACAACGACGAUGCACUCGUGGCAGAGAUUAUGGAGGGCAACCCCGGCCAGUGGUAACUGCACGAUAUAUUUGUAGGCAAAUACGUACGUAUGUAUAUAUUCAAUAGUGAGAUACAGUUAAGUUUCUAUGUUUGUGUAAAACAUACAAGUACUGUUUGGCACUAAGGCCAAUGUUAUACAUAGUGUAGUGUAUCCUGGGCUGCUGUCAGCCACAUGGUAUGUGCGUGAUGCGGCAUCUGAUACACACGACAUGACAAUAGUAUAUAUGAGACAAUAUUAACAGUCUUGAGUAAAAUAUUAGCGAAGAACAAGAUUGAAUGAAAGGAAUGAGUAAUAAAAGAGAUGAGUUGGCAGCCAGUAUUAGACACACGUGUUGCUUAUGAUUAUUUCUUCGGGCUGGCCCAGGCUAUAGCAUAUGGCGAUGAUAGUUUAAUAGUAUUCUACAUGAACGGCAAAUGUAUAUGAUAUUGAUAACUACUACAAAUAUUCCCCUGAACCCAAUUGGCACAGAACAAAUGAGCUUCAGAUAUCAUUCUGACUUCCUUCAGCGAAUUCGAUAUUUAUAAUCUCAGUGCAGACUGAAGCCCCCAGCACUGUACAAUCAGUGCAAUUUUGGGGAGCCUCUACGCUGGCAUUUCCUACUUUAAAGACACUUUGAAACACUCGCUGCUGUAGCAAACGGUCUAUCAAAUGAGAGAACUCAUAUAUUAGCUGCGGUAGAAUAUCAGAUACCUAUCAUAAAAAUGAACUAAUAAACUGACCCCGAUCGGAUGCUACAUUUACG